AUGAAUACAUUAAAUGAGAAACAAAAGGAAGCAAUGAAAGAGCUUUUAGAUGAAGAAUUUAAUAAAGUGAAUAUCAUAGGUUUUAAUUCGGGAAAGUUUGAUUUAAAUUUAAUUCUUCGUGAUUUAAACACUGCAAAAUGGAAAAUAAAAUCAAUGCUGGGUUCAUCUUCACAAUUUAAGCAAAUCAUUGUAAAGAAAACAAAUGUUCCAUAUGAAUUAAGAUUUAUUGACAUCAGAAAUUAUAUAGCGGGUGGAACAUUAGACCAAUUCACUCAAGAUUUCGGAAACAAUAAAUCACGUGUUAAAUCCUUUUUCCCUUAUCAAUUCAUCACAUGGGAGAAUUACGAAGAUGAAUUAUAUAAAAAGGAACCAUUCACUCAAGAUUCAUUUUAUUCAGCAUUAACACAAGAAACAAUAUCCGAUUCAGAUUAUCAAAUAUAUCUCAAUGAUGCUAAAAAUUUUGAGAAUAGAUUAGAAUAUUUUAUUCAUUAUUGCAAUAAAGACGUUGAAAUUAUGAUUGACCCAAUUGAUAAAAUUAUCGAAGAAACAUUUGUUUAUAAAAUUGACAUGCUUCAUAAUCUUUCUUUAUCAUCGAAUGCAUCAAUGAUUCGUUACGCGUUAGCAUAUAAGAACUUCAAUCCUAACGAAACAUAUCCAGAAGAAGAAAAUGUGGAAUCAAGUUUUGAAUUAACAAAAAAGUAUUGGAAAUAUAAAAUUGAAUCAUAUAAGAAACAAGAUGAAAAAGCAGAAAGGGAUACUAAAAAUAAUGUUUCAAUGGAUGAUUUUCAAUACUAUCACGAUUUAAUCCUUUCAUCUAAAUGCAAAAUGUGUGGUAAAGCGUUUACAUAUGCAAAUAAACCAACAUUGGAUAGAAUAGAUAAUGAAAAACCACAUACCAAAGAAAAUUGUCAGUUAAUGUGUUGUUAUUGCAAUGUCGUAAAAUCAAAUAAAGAUGAAGAUGUUCAACGUUUAAGAAUCAAUUUAAGAAAUUAUGCAUUAAAAAAUAAUUUACCAAUGACUUUAGAUUCAGUUGAAGCUUAUCACAUUCUCCGUAAUGGAAUUACUGGUGGUCUAUCAAAUGUUCAACAUCGUGUUAAUCUUAAAGGAAUCACGCACAUUAAUAAACUUUCAUAUAAUCCAGAAACUAAAACUGUAUUAAAUGAGGACACCACCAACAUUAUGACUCAUUUCGUUGGAGUUGACUUUAAUUCAUUAUAUCCUUCAUCAUUUUCAUCUAAUCCUCAUGAUUUCAUUCAAUAUACUGACCAUAAAAUGUAUAUGCCGGGAAGAUUGAAUGGUGUUAUCAUUUGUGAUACAGCAACAAAGAAAGCAAAAGCACUGGGAAUUAUUAGAAAGAAAAAUACUUUAUUCGUGGCUGAAGUAAAGGGUCACAUUGAUGAAAAAUACAUUAAUGAUUACAUAAACUUUUUACCGAUAAUAAGAAACUUAGAUAUUAUCACAGAUGAAAAAACAAUUGGCAGUUUUAUGUAUAAUUACAUGAAAUCAAACAAUCUACCAGUUGACCAGAAACAGAGAAAAUUAACUCAGUUAGCAUCAACACACAACCAAUAUCAACCAUUUUCUUCUUAUUAUCUAUGGUAUCUAAUAGACAGAUUUCAUUUUAUCAUUGAUGACAUUCAAUCAAUUUUAACAUUUACGAAAAACACUUGUUUUAAUGAAUUUGCGAAAGAAUUUAUGAACGAAAGACAAAAGGCUGAAUUAGAAGGAAAUAAAGGAAAAAGUUUAUUUUGCAAGAUUUCACUUAAUGGAUCAUAUGGUUACGAUGCAAUGAAUACACAAAAUUACACAAAGACUAAAAUAAUGAAUGCACAGAAGGCACGCGUUGCAUGUAUGUCAAAUAAGUUUAAAAACAUAAGAGAAAUAGGAGAGGAUACGUAUCAAGUGAUGCUUAAAGAUAGAUUUUAUAGAUGUGAUACAUGUUUACAAGAGGCAUUCUUCACUUUAGAUAAUGCUAAAUACUGGUAUUUGGUUUUCAUUUAUGAUUUUAUGUAUAAAUGCAUGAAUGUUAAUCGUUUUCAUUUCAUUGAAGGUGAUACUGAUUCAUCUUAUUGGGCAAUCGCUGGCGACCCAAAUCUUCCUAACACUCAAGCAUUUCAAGCAAUUGUUACUGAUAAACAAUUUUAUGAUAAAAACAUUUUCAAAUUCGCACCAUUUGAUUUCUUCUGUUUUGAUGAGAAAUUUAAACCUAAAUUAAAGAAUAAAGCUGAAGAAAAAGCACAUGAGAAGAAGUUAUUGGGUUUAGCAAUUGAGAAACAAGGUGAUAACAUGGUUGCUUUAUGUCCUAAGUGUUAUACAUCAUUCAACGGUUCAAUUGAUGGAAGUGAUUUUAAAAAGAUUGCACAAAAAAUGAAAGGUGUUAGUUUACGACAAAAUAAACAAUUAACACCUAAAAAUUAUUUGGAUAUAAUAAAUGAUAAAUUGAUAUUUGAUGGUCAGAAUAUUAAUUUACAACUUAAAAAUGGGUCAAUGACUCGCUUAACAAUUGGUAAGACUGCAUUAACAGGAGCACACACUAAGGCUGUAUGUUGUGAAAAUGGAUGUUGUAUGCCAUUUAUUUAA